AUGUCAGACAAAGCAGACUUACACGAUAAGGAGGCAGUUGCUGUUUCAAGUGAUGAUGUACUUAAGGAGUCAAACGCUUCUACUAAUAAGGAGGAUCAAACCAAGCAGCCAUUAGCAAAUGGUGAGGAUGUCGACGAUUUGGACGAUUUAUUAGACGACUUUGCAGACGACGUGCUAAGUAAGCCUCCUGGGUCUACAGUGGAUGCUUCUCAACAAUCUCACACAGGCAGUAAUGCUGCUGCUGGGGGGAAAGAUUCAGGUUUAGAGAACCUGACAGAUCCUUUGGGCAAAGAUUUCCAAGACUCGAUUGCUGAAUUAAUCCAAGACAUGAAGAUUGAAGAUCCCGAAACUCAAAAGCAGUUUGAGACUUUGGUUAAGCAGUUUGAAUUGAACCAUAGAGAGGAAGCCGAAAGGGAGGCAGCAAAGCCAGCUAAUUUCGAAUAUGUAAUGAAGGAAACAAUGGAAAGAUUACGUAAAUCGGGGGAGGACAUUGAUUCCAAGAUCAAGAAUGAUUCACUUGGCACAAAUCCGGAAGAUAUUUUGACUCAGUUACUAGCAGGAAUGGGGGAUAAUGCUUUAGGAGGAGGAGAUAUGGAUAUGAGCAAGUUAUUAGUGGAUAUGUUGGAACAGUUGAGCUCAAAGGAGGUUUUGUAUGAACCAAUCAAGGACCUUAACCAAAAGUUCCCGCAGUACUUGGAAGAAAACAAGGAGAAAUUGGAAAAACUGAAGCUUGAUAAUUAUAACAAACAGUACGAAAUUACUAUAGACAUUUUAAAGGUUUUUGAAAGUAAUGAUUAUAGUGAUUCAAAUCAACAGCAGCGAGAUCGAGUCAACUCCCUCUUGGAGUCCUUACAGGAAUUAGGACAACCACCAUCAGAAUUGGUCGGCGAGGAAGGCGACUUUUUACCAGGUCUUGGUGCAGGAAAAGGCGCCGCCGAUACAUUUGGGUUCAACGACAAGAACUUGCCUCCUGAUUUGGAAAAAAAUUUACAAGAAAGUUGUCAACAACAAUGA